CACCCGGAUGUGCGGGAGCGUCCCGCGCUGCCAUGGCAACGAGGCGGCUGUUGGCCACGCCCCCUGGCGUUGCUAUGGCAACGGGCGAUGCGUCGGGCCGUGCCGGGAGGCCGCUGUGAUGCUGCGGGAAUGAAUGGCAGCUGCGGCGGUGCGCGGCCGGGGGGGGCGGUACGCGUGGUUCCCAACGGCGAAAUCUACCUGCAGCUCUUCGAGGACGAGGCUCGCUGGGUGCGAUCACUGGGCGCAGCAAGGAGUGGGAGGCUCCGUGUGCACGAGGAGCCGGGCAGCAUGGCUGCUGCGGGGCUGUGGCUGUGCAAUGGGAAGAAGGGGACUGCAGGAGCAAAGCCGCUGCAGGGCAGAGAAGCUACAGCAUCUCAGGCGUCCUGCAAAAGUGAAGAUGUCAUUGCAGCUGAGGAAGUCAGAGCCCUCCCUGAUCUUGUUGAGGUUGCAGAGGAAAGCAGGCAAAACCUCUUAGAGCUCGUGUCAGAACGCCGGCGCAGCCGCCACGAUGCAGCACUGACCUCAAUGCACCACGAGUUUGCUCGUGUCUCCAGGGAAAUUGAGCCCUUUGUUUUGGAGCCUGGAAAACUGCUUUUGAUGAAACUGAUGGAAUCUGAUAGAAAAACGGAGGUUCUUCUAACAAAGAUGGAGCUCAACGGCACUCCUGAAGGCUUUUCUAUUGAGGAUUUGGAAGAACUGUGGGCAACCAUUCAGCAGGAAUCCCUGACCAGAAAGGAGUGGAUUCGGGAAUGGGAUGAAACCUUAAAGAAGGUGGAACAGAGCCGAGCUGACAAAAUAACAGACGUGCUGAGGAAGUAUGCUGCAAAGCUGGAGGGAAUUUCCUUCUUCUUGUCAGCCGAUGUGCACAGGCUCAUUAAUGACGAGGCCAUGAUGAUUAACAGAGCGUUGUUGGCGAAUCAGAGGGCAAUAGCCAAGCUGUUCUUUAAUCUAAUGAAAUCAGAGAUGAAAAGGGAAUUAUCACUUCAAUGGAAGUGGCGAGAUAAAGUCAAGGACUGGAGGCUCAUCCAAAAGAACCGCAUCGUUCAGAGCUUCAGAGAAUUUAUGGCAAAGGAAGAAAUACAGAAUCCCCAAACGGUGGAAACAGAAAAGGGAAAUAUGAUGAACGGUCAGAUUCUGCUUAAUGAACAGAGGCUGGAAUGGCUGCAGCAUCUUAUUGAUCUGUUGCCUCCAAAGAGCACACGAGCUGAGAUUGAUGAGUGGUACAACUCCUUGGUGGAUUUAAACAGAAGUAUAGAUGCCCACAAUAUGCAGUGCACAGUGAAAAUUCGUGCCCAGUAUGACAGUGUGCAGCAAAAAUGUUUGGCAGAAGCAGAGCUGUGCAAGAUUAACCUGUUGAAUCUGAAGGUAUGCACACAAAAAGAGGCUGAAGAAGUGGUGGCUUCUGACUUGCUUCUGUUGACUGAGAAACUGCGUUGUCGCUUUGAAGAAGAACUGGAGCAUAUGGUUAGAGGCUUUGAAGAGGUGGCUAAAAACAAUGAGCAGAAUUGCAGAGACCUGUACAGCUACUGUCAGGAGGCCAGUGUUCUGUGGGACUUCCAUCAGCUGAAACUGUCCCAGCAGGAAGGUGAACUGCAGAAGAAAUUAAAGGAAUGCAAAUGGAAACAGGAUAAAUCCAUUCAGAGGAUGGAAACUAACCUGGAUAUCAUUUUGGAUAAAAUGAGAACAGCGAGCUCUGAGAAAAAGCUGAAGAAAUCUUUGGAGAAUGCCUGUUCUUGUUUGGAUGGCAUCAGAGCUGGGUAUGAAGCAUCCAACAAAGUUCUUAUGGAGAAAGUCAUGAGUUACCCAGAAGCCAUUUUACAGGAACUGAUUUCUUACAGUGAAUCCCUCAGCCAAUACUUUAAUGUAAAAGAAACCUUCAAACAGAACUUGGAAGGAAAGAUAGACUCCACAUUUCCAGGUCGAGGUGAGGUUUUGGAUGCUGAAAAUCAGGGGGAGCAGCAAACUGAGAACGUUCUGCAGGAAAAUGAAGAAAAGCAAAAGGCUGAGAGCUCUCAACAACAGAAUGAAGAAACAGAUAUUGCUGAGAACGAGGAGGUCUUUGCACAGGAAAGUGAAGAAGGGGAGGAACAAGAAGACAAGAGUAUUUUUCAAGGGAGUGAUGAAGCAGGGGACACAGAACAGAGGAUGAGCGUUUCACAAGAUACGUUCGACAGCAGCAGGGUGGAAAUCUCUGAAUUCACUGUUGAGACCUUUUCCACUUCCAGUGGAAACACCUACACUGUUCUUGGAGCUGAAGAGGCAGGGAAACCUGAUGUCCUGGAGUCAUUUCUUACAAAGUAUGGUGAAAAAGGAUCCCUUCCUAUGUGCUUGGAACAUGCAGUUAUCAAAGAAACGGUGUUUGUGGAGCUGAAGAAAAGGAUUCGCCUCUCCUUCUUUGAACACUUGGAGAAGUGGUUUGCAGAGUCCUUAUCCAACUCAUGGGCCACUGUAGAUGCCAAGAAAGAAGAGCUGGGUUCAGAACUUCAGCAGCAUCUUCUCUCGUGUGAACUGAGGCGGGAGAAUAUAGAGACAAAUAUCUCCAGUGUCAGAGCUGCUGAACUGUUACUUCAUGAAAAGCACCUGGAAUGCCACUGUGAUGAGGUGGAAGAAGCUCUGAAGAAGGAGAGAGCUGAAUUCCUCAGAUUUUGCAAUCAGCAAAAUGACAACAUCCAAAACUUGGACUCUCGGAUCCGUGACAUGGAAUCAGCAUUCCUCAGGUCUCCUGUGGCUGAGAGGUUAGCUUCCUCCAGCAGCAGUGUGUGCCCAGACCUCCUUCAUUACCUGGAUGUCAUCCGAGUUUCCCUGAGGAGUUAUCGGAACUAUCUGGAGGAAAACUUGGGAAAAUUAAGAGAUUCAAAUGUGGAUUUUCUCAAAGGCUGCAGGUUAUUCGUGGAGGGAGGCAAUUUUUCUCCUGAGGAGGUGCAGUCUUUCAGUAAGCGUCUUCAGAAAGAAAGCAAACGUAUUGACUCUUUUGAGAGGUUAAUUGUGGCUGAUAUGGAGAAAAUGGAAUCGAGGUGCUUGGAGCAGGCUACUGAAAUUAUCAACCAGGCUGAAACAAGGCUCCGCUGUCUCUCUAUGAAUCGAGUCUUUAUGGAGAAGAUCCAACGGCUUCUGACAAAUCUACGGGUGCAAAUCAAAUCCGAGGUAGCAAAUUCCAAUUUGCAGGCAGCAGCAUUAAAAUCCUGCCUGGAGAAGCUCCAUGCUUUUGCUCACCCUGCAGCAGAUAAAGAAGCUUUGACUUCUGAAGAGUUGUAUGAUUUUAUCAAAGCAGCGCUGAAAGAACUGAAGGCAAGGAGCCAGUACCUUGAUUGCCUGCUAGUGGACACAACAGGACCACGUGAUAAUGAGCGCUUUGCCCCUCCUGCAGCUGAGGUUACGUUACAAGGUCCCAUUGCUGCUGCCAUUCGAGUGGAGCACAGACUGGUGAUGAUGGGGCUGGAUCCUGGCAGAUUUCCUUUGUUAAAUCCAAGCAGAAUGGGAAAAUCUGCAAUUGAUGAUUUAUCAGUAAGCGUUAUUAAAAACUUACUCGAAGUUCAGUCAUCCAGGAGAAAAUCAUCAGGCCGACAUCAGGACAGCAGGGGUUCAUUGGAACCAGCAACUCUUACCACACAGAGGAAGAAUUCUCACUUAAAUGUAUCUGAUGAAGGCCCUCGGAGCUCUGCUGCUCACAAGCACGCAGCUCGGAGCAUCCAGAAGCCAGCUACUAAAAAAAGGGCAUCAAGAGGAAGCAUGCAGAAAUGCACCAAAUCCGUUCUCAGUGACAAGAGAUUCCAGAUAUUUGGGGAGAUGCCUCCUGAAUCGAGUACUUUUAAAGGGACUGUUAUGAAAAUUCUCUGGAUGGGUAAUAACAACUUGCUCUGUCUUGCUGAGGAGUUCUACCACAAAGAGAAGCAUCAAACCACAAUGCCUGAAGAUUUGCCAGAGACAUUUGAACGUUUUGCAGAAGUAAUCAAACAGACUCUGCUGUCAUAUCAAAGUCAGAUAGAUGAUUACUACAAUUCCUGCCUUAAAGAAUUUUGGGAUCAGUUGAAGUCAUUUGAAGAGGAACUCCCUUAUGUCUCCCAGUUGGCAGUUGAUGGUCUUUUAAAGGAACACGAACAGAAGCUCAGCUAUGCCACCAGUAACAUUGAGCACUCCUUCAAUCAGCAGCUGGAGGACUGGAGGAGCGUGAAGGCUGAACGUGAGAAUGAAUUACGUCCCUCUCUGGGACAUCCAGACAACUUGCUGCAGCUGGAGGCUUUGUGCCAGCGGGAAUCAAAAGAACAAAAGGACCACGUUGAUGCUGUUCACCUCCACACUCGGAUGCUUCAGGACUGUGCUGCUGAGUGCACACAGAACUUCGUUUUGGCUCUGGCUGCCUUCACAGAAAAGCUGCUGCUGGAAUUAGAUGAAAGCAUUACUAUUGAUGACAUACAAGCACCAAAAACUGAAACACCGAAGCAGAAGACAUCCUUGUUAAUUCCUCAUAAACAAGCUGGUCUUCCUCUACAGACCCGUGGGGCUGAGCAGCUGGUCGAACGUGGGAGGAGGGUCGCAGUUGGGAAUUGGAAAGUGCACUACCUCCCAUAUUACCUUCCCUGCCCUGGAAUCUUCUCCAAGGAACUCCUGUAUUUGGAAGAAAAGCCAGUCCAGCUUUUCCCACAAUUAUUUUAUCAGCAACCACGAGUGCUGGCUCCAAAGCGUCAGGAUGUGCUAACAGUCACACCAUGGUUGGCCCCCAUUGUUUGGGAAGGCACCUUCAGCCCUGAGAUCCUGGACAGUGUCUACAUGCCAUUGAAUCUCACCAUAGGGGUGACAGCCUUUGCCAUUGGAAAAUACACGAGGUUUGUGGGCCGCUUCCUGGAGUCAGCAGAGAUGCACUUCAUGAAAGGCUAUCGAGUGAACUAUUACAUCUUCACUGACAACCCCGAGAUGAUCCCCAGCGUCCAGCUGCAACCUGGCCGAAGAUUUGAUGUUGUGCAUGUCAAGAAAUACCCCAGCUGGCAAGAGAUCUCCAUGCGCAGGAUGGAGACUAUCAACCUACACAUAGCAGAGAGGAGCCAUCAGGAGGUGGACUACCUCUUCUGUCUGGAUAUUGACAUGGUGUUCCACAAUGCCUGGGGGGCUGAGACCCUCGGUGACAUUGUAGCAGCCAUACACCCUGGUUAUUUCAAUGUCCCUCGAAGCCAGUUCCCAUAUGAGAGGAGGAGCUCUUCAGCAGCCUACAUCCCUGAGGGAGAAGGGGACUUCUACUAUGGAGGAGCUGUGUUUGGAGGGCUGGUCAAGAAGGUCUACGAGUUCACCAGGACUUGCCACAUGACCAUCCUGGCAGACAAAGCCAACGGGAUCAUGGCAGCCUGGCAGGAAGAAAGCCAUCUCAACAGGCACUUUCUCUCCCAUAAACCCUCCAAGGUGCUCUCUCCAGAAUAUAUAUGGGAUGACAGGAAGCCAAAGCCCCCUGAAAUUUACCUCAUACGCUUUUCCACAGUAGAUAAGAACUACCAGGAGGUAAGAAACUGACCUCCUGAUCCUCGCAGAGAGAUGUCCUCCAACCUGCUGAAUGUUAGCUCCCAGAGAAGGUGUCCCACUGUGGGUAGUUUCUCUGGAGAAUGAGAGCCUUAAAGCAUUUCAGAAGCAGCAGCCAAAGUGGAAGUGAGAAUGGAAAGGUUUCUAGGUUCCUAAUCAUUGUAAAUACAAGUGUAGCUCUGAGAGUGGAAGCAUAGCAGCAGGUAUACAAAGGGUGUGCUGUCAAGUAGAAGGCUGUCCUUACAGCAAGGCUGCAAAUGCUGUUGUUUGCAUAUUUUCCUGAAGCUUUGCAGAAACUUAGGCAGGAUCAAAACUUUGGCAUCCCUAUGGAAAAAGACCUUUCCACUUAAAAAUACUUCAAACACUCUGCUUUUAAAAAAAUUAUUAAUUUUCACAUACUGUAGUUCAAACACUUGAUAAGGAUCAGCUUACCCUCAGUGCAGGUUAUCCCUAUUAGUGUGCAGCAGUGACAGAGCUCUUCUCAGCAGUGAGAUGCAGGAAUUCCUGAUGGACCAGCAGUGCCAUUUCACACAGCACUUACCUUCCACUUCCAAGCUGUUUUGGGCACCCAAAUUCAGACUGAACUGGCACAGUUCAAACCCAGAGAGCGUCAUGGGUUUGUUCCAAUCACAGAUGUGCUCUUCACCUUCUUGCCAGCUCACACGUCUCUGGGGCUCAUAUAAUCUUUUCCAUGGUGUGAGAGGUCCACGUGCUUACUCUCUGCUUCAGUCCUCUCCAAAUUUUCUGAGCAUUAUAAAACAAAUGGGCCAGAAGCUGUUGGAGCUGACAGCCAGAGUUGGAGCAUUUCCUACAGACAGGGUGGCUUCACUCCAUAAUGAAAUGCUCUCUUGGAUCUAUAUGUUCAGCUGGGAGCUGGAGGUAGGCUGGGGUUAACCUUUUCUUUGCAUGGACAUGAUGAGAAGCUGACCCAGGCACACUGCAGCCUUCCAAGCCUGUGAGCUCAUGGGGCAAACAGGUGGGGAGGGUGUCCAAACACGGGAACAGCUGUGCCUCACCAGCAGCAGCUGCAAAAUGGUUCAUCAGCUGUGGUUACAGGGUGGAGGUCUGUGUGUUUACUCCCUGCUACAGCACACUGGCUGUGAGCAUCUUCUCUGUGAGCUCCUGAGGAGUGCUGCCAGUGGGCACUGCGGGUCUGUGCCAGCCUCACUUGCCAGGAAUAUCUUUAUCCUAGUAUUUCCAAUCAAAACCAGGAUUAUUACUGACCAUCUUCUUGUUCUAAAACAAUUGUGCCCAAAGCUCACACCUGACUCUAGGGUCUCAUUAUGUCAGUAACUACAUGUGGGCAUAUGGAGCCCUUUGCAAGCCAGAAGGAGCUGUCUGGUUUGAUCUCCUGCACGGGGUUAGCCAGAUAAUUUUAUCUCCUGCUGUCAGUAUCAAUGUCAUAAUACAGGGCUGAGCUGUGCUACAUCUCUUAGAAGAGAAUUCCGGCCCAACACAAACAUCAAGUGAUACAGAAGCCACAAAGCCAUAGUCAGCUCCUCCUGUGCCUUAAUUCUUCUCCAAGUCAGGCUCUCUUUUUGGCUGUUGGAUUUUCUUCUGCCACGCUAGAUUAUUCAGAUUCCUGUGCAGAUAUUCAUAUUCAUGUCACAGUUCUGCUCACCAGGGCUGUGAUUGGAAGCAGUGCCCAGAGACACCCAUGUCUUUGGGGAGCAGGAGACUGUGGCUGCAGGAGGAUGCUGCAUUCCCCAUUGUGGCACACUAAUUGAUGAGAGCCUGGACUUCUGCCAUCACCUCCUGCUGAUUAAUCCCCUUCCCCCAGCACCAGGCUUUGCUUUUUGCCUUUGCAUUGUGCAGCCUGAGACCUGUGGGCUGGGGGGAGUUUCACAGAGCUUGCUUUCUGCUCUUAAUUUUUCACCAAUACUCACAGGGAAACUGAGGCACAUAGUAGCAAAGCAUGGCGUGGUGCUGCUGCGUAUGGGGGCUGCCACAGGGGGACAAUGCUGUGUCUCAUGUCCUUAUGUCAAGGGAAUUUAGACUUGGAAACGUGCUUGCUGUACUGCUUAGAAAGUGAAUCAGCACAUACAAAUAAAU